GUUAUCUAUGGGUGUGUUACAUGUCGUAAACUUUGUGGUGCGCCCCAGACACAAAAGAUGGCAGACCUUCCCGCGGACCGCCUUUCAACUGAACCUCCAUUCACAAAUGUCAGCCUGGACGUCUUUGGCCCAUGGAUGGUGUCUUCCCGUCGGACUCGAGGUGACCCUGCUCAGAGUAAACGGUGGGCAGUGUUAUUUACUUGCAUGAGUGUAAGAGCCAUACACAUCGAGGUCAUCGAGUCACUAGAUACUUCAAGCUUCAUUAACGCCCUGAGGCAUUUCCUCGCCAUCAGAGGCCCAGUGAAACUCAUCCGUUCUGAUCGAGGAACUAACUUCGUCAGUGCAUGUAAGGAGCUCAAGAUUCCUUCCAACAUCGACAACAGUUCUGUGGAAAAGUUCCUAUUGGACCAAGGUUGCAAAUGGAUUUUCAAUCCUCCCCAUGCCUCUCACAUGGGAGGUUCUUGGGAGAGGAUGAUUGGUGUAGCAAGAAAGAUCUUGGACUCUAUGUUCUUGCAGCUUGAGGCAUCAAAGCUGAGUCACGAAGCACUCUCCACACUGAUGGCAGAAGUGGCUGCCAUCAUCAACGCUCGUCCUCUUGUACCGGUUUCUAACGAUCCAGAUGAUCCACUCAUACUUACACCGACAACCCUUCUCACUCAGAAAGUGAGUCUCCCUUCUGCUCCAGUUGGUGACUGGAUCAAAGACCUUCAUAAACAUCAGUGGCGCCAGGUCCAACACCUGGCUUAAACCUUCUGGAAUAGAUGGAAGAAGCUAUAUCUUCCUUCACUUCAGCCACGACGGAAGUGGCAGUCUUCCCAGCCCGACCUCCAGCCUGGAAGUGUUGUUCUUCUCAAGGAUGACCAACUACACAGAAAUGAAUGGCCUCUGGGACUUAUCACUCAAGUGUUUCCCAGCAAAGACAGCAGGGUACGCAAGGUGGAGAUCAAAGUCUCCAGGAAAGCAGGGACCAAAGUGUUGAUGCGGCCUGUUAACGAGUUGGUUCUGCUUUUAACUCCUGAGAAUAAGCCAUGAUUAUGUUCUGUUGAGUAGUGGCAGGUUUAUCCCGCCAGGCGGGGAGUGUUCUGUAACCAUUAGUUCAGUUCUUAAUAUUUUCCUAGGUAGACUGAUUUAUUUACAAGUAGUGGUCCCUUUAAGAAAAGACAGGAAGUUAGCAACAGGAAGUCAUAGUCAGGAAGUAAAGGAGUCACAUUGUUAAGAGGACAGCCAUCUUCCAACUGCCCAUUUCCAUCCGCAGACAUCUGCAUACAUCUUAUGCCAUACGUAGCAUCGUCGGUAUGUAAUGUUGUUUUAUAUUCUUAUGUUCAAUUGCAAUUCAUUAUUUGUCAUUUUAGAAUGUUUUUAUCUGUAGUUUGACGCACAUUGCUAUCAAGCUAUUUUUAGUUGAUGACAUGGAGCAAAAGAGCUUACAAGCUAGCUUUAGUUAAUUUAAAGCAUAAUGUAUGAUUAUGCCCUUUGUCUGUUCUCAGUUUCACCCUUUUUGUAGUCAAUAAACCUGUGGACAAACUGAUGACUGUCUCCAGAGUUUUGUUAAACGGAAGGUGUUUAAGCUUACUGCCAAGAUAUAUUCGAUACAUGUAUUGAGG